GAUCGAUCGAAAUAGAAUGUUUGAUGCAUCGCGCACAGUUCUUUCUGGCACGAGCAUGUGAAGAAAAUAUCAAGUUGGCGAUGGAAACAUCCUUAUGGACAACCCACCCAUUUGUUGAAAAACUUCUGGCUGAGGCAUAUCGGCGAGCGCCGGUUGUGAUACUAAUUUUUCUUGCACGAAAUGCGGAUCAUUUUGCCGGUAAUACGUUGUGCUUCGAACAUAAUUUGAGGCAGCCAGCAAUGAAAUGGGUUGAUUUCAAAGGCGGUGGCAACAUCAAACUACAAUGGAUUACAAAAUGUCCGCUUGCACUUAGUGCAAGCGAUCAUAUUAAAAAUCCAUUCAAUAAAGAAAAAGUGAUAUAUGCUGCUGCAGAUGGUUGUGAAAUACAGCGUGCUGCAGGCCAGAGACUCUGCAGCUUAUUUCCAUUUGAUCAUAGUGUUGAUUUGAAAGCACUGAAAAUGAAAAUUCGAGACAAUUCACAAAAACUGCCGUCUUUAUUGGAAACUGAAAUAUCUUAUUUAGAAUUCAAAAAUGCGAAGAGAAACCUACCGAUUAAGAAAACUUUGAAAGAUUUAUUGAGUGAAGAACGACCUCCUGCUAUGUUGUUAGCCUCAUGCAGACAUGGUAACCGUAGCAGAAACAUUUGCGGAACAGAAAGUUAUAGUGCUCCCCGACUGCUUCCCCUCAUGGAUGUUGCAGUUUCAUAUCCUUCAUAUAACAGUGUUCGUUUGUCGUCAUCUUUGAGAAAACGUCGUGCAUCGCCAAAAAAAUUAUUAUCGAAGCGCUAUCCUUUAAUGCAUGGUAGUCAUCAUCGCUCAAAGUCAUCAGAUCGUGAGAAAAGACACAGCUCAGAACGAUUAUCAGGACACAAAUAUGAUUCAUACUCAACCCACAAUUCAUCUAAAAAUAAUUGGCGUGAAAGUUCGCAUGAAGAGCAUGAACUACUUCGAAGGUCAUAG